AUGAGUGCAUACGCGCGAGAGGGUAGCCCGUAUGGGUUCGACUCUUCCAGGAUGUCGCCCACGGCUGCAAGUCCUCGUGGAAAAACCUUCGUUGAAGGUUAUCGCAGCGACAUAAUGAACGGGUUCGAAAAGGAUCAAGGACUUUAUAAUCCGAUGAAUCCUGAACGACCACAAAGCUCCGCGCUUGUCGACCUUAGAGACCCGAUCCAAGUACAUCUCCUCACCGAAACCGCUCUUUCUGAUAGUAAAGAAUACGCGAUCUUGUCGCAAGAAGAAGUAGACGAUCUUAAGAAGCAGUGCCAGUCUUUGUCUCAACGCGUUGAGUCGACUCGACAGAACCUGACAAUUCAGUCCAAAUACCGAGAUGCAGCAAUUUCAAUGGCGAGAUUAUAUAAUCCCGGGAAGCUGGAUGGCAAGCGGAGGAGUCUUCUGGGUCGCAACAGUGGCGACCACGCUCGCGCAAAGGAAGCUGAGACUGAGAGGCAGGCGAGCGAAAGGAAGUGUGAGGAGUUGGCAGCGGAGCUCUUUAAUCUUGAGAAACGGCUUAUGGACCCUCAACGACGCCUACUGGAACACACUGCUGGUAUUCUUCAGCUCACACAUAAAGCAUCAAAUAAGAAGAAGGACAUGACCCCUACGCUUCAUCCAAUGAAUGGUAUGCCCGGAAGUCCAGAGAGCCUAUAUACUUAUACGCGCAACAGUAUGGAUCGCGCCGGCGAUGAGCACUUCUUUCACGAUGACAACCACUUCGGCCAAGCGAAUGGAGUAUCUACCAGGGGACCUCCUCGCCAACAGCCUAUCGAAAUACCACUCAAAUCACCAAUUCGAGAACAGCACAGCCAGCUGAAAGAUGAGAUGGAAAAGAUUAAGGAUGAGAAUCUGCAUCUCAAAGGCCAGUCUGAUUCUUUAGUUACGUCGAUAACAGAGAUGGAAGCUCGUCUAGAGAACCUGAACGGGUCAUUACGGGAUGCGAUCGUUCGCUUCAACCCUUCCAAGAACGAGGAGUACUACGACCCUCCAUUUGGUGUGCCAGGAAUGAAGCCAGGGGAGCUGCUGAACAAUCAGAUGGAUUAUCUCGAAAUGGGUCUAAACGCCAUCGAGGUCGAGCAAGAAGAGUCUUCCGGCGACAGUGGCAAGGUUGACAGCUCCAUCGACAAACGCAUCGAAUCACUAAACCAACAAGUUCGCGAUCUGUUGGUGACGGUGGAUCCCGAGUACCCAGCUGCACCUCAGUCUUCACAAGAUAGCAUCGAGUCGAAACUUACCUAUCUCGAGGAUGCGUUAUGUGCAGCAGAUUCCGAAUUAGAACGUGCUGUUCAAAUAUCUCGAUCAGGCCCACCAGAGAAGCAGGAUGAUGAGCAAGUGGAGCGAAUUCUUAUGAACCUCUGGAACAUGAUGCAGACAGGCUUCACCAAGAUCAAGAAAGAGAAGGAGGAGCGUCGAAGAACCCGCAUUGAGAGGGGCUACGAAGACGAGGAAGUCUCUGAUGAUGAGUUCGAUAUCGACGAAGCAUUCAGUCUUCCCGGGUUCUCGAAUAGGGUUCAAUGGCUGUACUCUCAGGCUACUACCCUCAAAAACCAAAAGUCUGUACUGAAGCGACAGAUCAAGCAGCAGCGAGAACUGAACAACAAGUCAGACGCUGAGAAGGACGAGGAACUCGCGAGAAAACAGGAAGAGCUGGAUGAGACACAAAUCUUGUUGGCUCGAGCUGAAAGAGACGCCAUGAGUGCGCAGGCUAUGCUCGAACAGACCUUGGAGGAACUUGAAGGUACUGGUGUUGCACGCAAUAUCGGCGCUCAGAAGGCCCAGUCGGAGGAAAGCACCAAGAAGAUCGCUGACCUGGAAUCUGAACUGAAACGUCUGCAGAGCGAUCUGGCCGGUGCAGCGGGAGCAGCUGGUGCAGCACAUGCGCAAGUCGAAGAUCGGGAAGACAAGAUUGACAGCUUGGAGAAGGAGCUCGAGAACGUCAGAUCUGAUCUUGCCGAUGCGACGGCUGCUGCUGCCGCAGCCCAGGCUCAGAUCAAUGAUCGCGAUAACAAGAUCACUGCCCUUGAAUCCGAGUUGGCCUAUCUAGAGACGGCUCAGAGUGAGAUUGAAGAGCGCAACAAGAGGAUCGCCGCGCUCCAGGCUGAUCUUGAGCAAGCCAACGCCGCCCAUACUCAGAUCGACGAGCGCGAUGCAAAGAUCGCAACCCUUCACACUGAGAUCCAGGAGGCCAAUACUUUUAGGGAUCAGGUUGAGGUACACACUGCUACCAUUGCUACCCUCAAGGCUGAAUUGGAGAAGACCAAUGAUAUCGAAGCUCGCCUCGAGGAACGUAAUGCCAAGGUCGCCCGCCUCGAGUCCGAUAUGGAACUACUCCAGGUAGACCUGGCAGGCGCUGCAGGUGCUGCAGGCACCGCCCAAGGUCAGCUAGAGGAACGAAACAGCAGGAUCGCGGCUCUCGAGGCUAGUGUUAAGCAACUCGAAAAGAAACUAGCCGAUGCUGAGUCUUCCAGCAACAACAACCGUAACCAGCUGACUGGUGUGGAUUCAGUUAUUGAAGCCCUCAACGCACAGCUGGACGAAGUCAACCGAUCCAAACAAAUGGCUGAGAAUAAUGCCAGGUCCCUACAGCAACGUGUCGAGAGCCAGAAGGAUGAGUUGGCGGCCAAGAAGAAACAACUCAAGGAGAAGGAGGAUGAACUUGAGCUUCUCAACAUGAAUUUUGUAGAAACAAAGACGGAGCUCACCAUUGCUCAAGCUGAAUUAGAUGGUGCUUACGGUUCCCGUGCCGAGAGGGCCGCCGACGUGGCAGCUAUCAAGACUAGCGGCGAGGUGAUGAAGCUCCAGAAUCAACUCACGAGGCUCAAGAAUGAGCUGGCCGGAACCGUCCAAGAGCUUGAGGAUGUCACAAAGGAAACACUCAGCGCUGAACGUGAGAAGAUCGAGCUUGAGAACAACCUUCAGGAUGUCCAGGUGGUGAGGAGGCAGCUUGAAGGAGAGGUGGCGACACUGCGCAGGCGACUUGAGUCAGACAUGGAGGAGGCUCGUGGGCACAUCACCAAGCUUCAGGAAGACCUUGAUAGCGAGCGUCUCAAGGCCAUUCCGCCAAACGGCGGAGUUGGCAGAGGUGCCUCUGUACUGAGCGAGCAGUUCAGGGCCACAAUGCGUGAGGAGAGGAAGAAGUUCCAGGAUAACAUCAGGGAGGAGCGUGCUCGAACACGUCAACUCGAAGAGGAGCUGGCCAAACUGAAGCGUGUCCCGACCCCAACCAAAGUACCUCCAAGUCCUCAAUGA